AAAAUGAUGAUAUAUAUGAAAUUUCAUCAAUUACACCAGAAUUAUCAAAUAAAAAAAGAAAACAUGCUGACGAUGGACCAUUUUCGGAAGUUUGGACCCACUUUAAAAAAGGAGAUGAAAAAACCAAAGGCCAUUACGAAACAACUUGUAAAUAUUGUCAUCGGAGAUGGGAUAGAGCUUAUCCCAGUAGAUUGGAAAUUCAUCUAGCAAAUCAAU